GCCUCUUGUCCCAGUUGUUGAGGCGCCGGGGUGACACACGCACACAUACCUCCUCUAGUCUACUUGUUCCUUCAAUCCACUUCCUAAUGGCUGCUCUAGGACGCACCAUCAACUUCUCUAAUGGGAGGUCAAUCCCGAUACUUGGUCUGGGAACAUGGAAAUCUAAGCCAGGAGAGGUGACGGCAGCGGUGAAGGACGCCGUCACAGCUGGCUACCGUCACAUUGACUGUGCUCACGUGUACUGCAAUGAACCUGAGGUGGGAGUUGCCAUCACUGCUCUCAUCAAGGACGGUACUGUCACCAGGGAUGAACUCUUCAUCACCAGCAAGGUGUGGAAUACUUUCCACGCGAAGUCGUCUGUGCUGCCAGCCCUCAAGACCACCCUGGCAAACCUCGGCCUCGACUACCUUGACCUCUACCUCAUGCACUGCCCCAUGGGCUUCAAGGAAGGAGGUGAUCUCUUCCCAGUUGACUCGACUGGGAAGAAACUCUACAGUGACAUCGAUUACGUGGAAACUUGGGAAGCAAUGGAGGAGUGUGUGAAGUUGGGCCUCACCAGGUCCAUCGGGGUCUCCAACUUCAACAAGAAACAACUGGAACGUGUUCUUAAGGUGGCCAAGGUCCCCAUUGCUAACAGUCAGAUCGAAGUACACCCCUAUCUGCCCCAGAAUAAAUUGAUUGAAUUUUGCAAGAGUAAAGACAUCACUGUUACAGCCUACAGUCCUCUUGGGUCCCCAGAUAGGUGAGUACUGGCUGUGGAGGUGGGUCAGUACUCUCAAACUUA